AUGGAGAGCUUCCUAGCUCAGUCAUCUGCUGACCCCAAUUUCAUUCCCAGGUUUAUUCAACGACUGCUGGAAGAAGAAGAAGUCAUGCGUUCUAAUGGCAGUGUUAGUUGGUCUACGUCGACAAUGUUGCCAUUUCUGAAACCCAAACUUAUGCAACUAAAAGGAUUCAGAGAGAUUGAAAGUCCUUUCUUGAGGAAAAUGUAUGAAAUGGUAGAUGAUCCGGAUACAAAUGAAAUCAUAUCGUGGAGUGUGUAUGGGACAAGCUUUUUUAUUCGAGACAAAUUAAAUUUCAAAGGUCUGCUCUUACAAUACUUUGGCCAUGAUACAAUCAAGAAUUUCACUAAUUGUCUCAGUGCAUAUGGUUUUAAGAGAGUAGAUUCAUUUCUCAAUGAAUACAAACAAGAAAAGUUUCAAAGAGGUCAGAAGCAUAUGCUAAAACACAUCAAGAAAAGGCCCAGUAAAUCAGAUACCAUGAGGAAUUUGCUAGAAGAUAUGGUGGCAGAGGUGAAAAGACUGAGAGAUCAUCAAGACAUAGAGAUAAAAAACGAGAUUUUUAAUUUGAAGCAGCAGGAGGAGAAAAGAAAGAACUGUUUGUCAUCGCUUAAAGAAUGCCUUGGACACGCUAAAUGCAAGCUGAUACAGAUUAAAGAAAGCUCUGAUUCAAGGAAUAGAAAAGAAGCAAGGCCAUGGCUUGAUCCAUUUAAGAACAUUGAUAAACUGAAGAUGGCUAUGGAAAGAAUGGAAGUUGAUAUUAUGGAUUUGGAAUCAAACCAUGAGGCCACAGCUCAUUAUCUGACUGGUUUAAAAGGCUACUUUCUUACUACAGAGUCUAGGCAACAAAAGAUGGAGGUUCACAUGGAAAAAACUUUAAGAAUUUUCGGGUUUGAUGAUGAAGUUAGAAAGAAGCCUAGAGCAAUGAAGCCACGACAUCAAAAACUAACUAGAAGGCGCAGACCAGUUUCUGCAGCAAGCUCGGUGCAGUCCACAUGCAGCCAGAAUACGGUUUUGACUUAUCAACCAGAAACUAGCACACCAUUAAAUUCCAAUGAUAUAGCAUGGGCAAGAGAACUUGAGCUUGAUAUGAAUAUUGAGUCCGGGGAGCAUGGAUUGGCAAUUCAUCAUAUUAACGAACAAAAUGAAACGAAGCCUUCUGAAACUUGUUUAGAAAAUUCUAAUGACAUGAACAUGUGGGCUAGAGAUCUUGAGGACGAGUUAGCUUCUGAAGCAGAAAUACAUGAAACAAAGAUUCAUGUUUGGACAGAACAUCCAAAUGCUAAAUUUGAAUCAUAUAGUACGGGAAAUUGUGAACAUGAAAAUAAGUCAGCCACGACACUACAUAAUGAUAUGAUUAAGAACUCAAGUACUCAGGCACCAGAUUACCAAGUCCAAGAACAGAUUAAAAAAGAAAAUUUCGGAGCAAGUGAAAGAAAUUGUGAUGAUAUUGAUUUGUGGGUGAGUAUAGUUGAGGGUGAUGUUGUAUUUGAGUAG